CGUUGGAGCAACACAGCUCAGCAGCUCUAGCUCUAGCUCCCCCGCUUGGGCGCGAGGGAGAAAUAACAACGUGACAUUGAUUGAGGUGGCAGGCGGCCAACGCGUCAGCCAAUGCAACUAGGAUGGAUUGGUACCGGCGCUGCUUUGAUCAACAUUAAUUGUCCGGGAUGUAUUUUUUUUUUUACAGUGUGCUUUGAUGUGGUUGUUGCAAAGAGUUUCAGCACGCUGUAGCGCGCAGUGUCACAGACUUUCUAUACAGCGUUUUAACAGCCGUUGCGGUGACUGCACCAACAAACAAAACCCAUGUUGUGGUGCACCUAAAGGAGGAAACCGUCACCUCUGCUUCGACUGAAACUGCAUCAUCGCCCCAACUAACAAGAACACUCCUCAUGACAGUGCCAGCGCCCACAAGAAGAAGCAAACCAGCAUAACGUGACUGUAGACCCAGACCUGAGCUAGCAGCAGACUUAAUGUGCCUUAGCUAGCUAGUUAGCUAGCUGAGUUUGCUAGCUACGUCAAGAACUUUGUUGGCAAUCUACCAACUCUGGAUAUCAGCUGUGUUUUUAACCCAGUGGCUCUGGUCAAAGUACCACUUUAGAUGUAGCUAGUUAUCGCCGUCUGACUAACUCGUUACAGGAGAUAAAGUGGGGAACAUAAUGCGUGUUGCAGUUGCCAAAGUUAGGUAACAUCUAGCUAGCUAGCUUGCAAGCCAUGCUAGUUUUUCUUAACGUGACUGGCUGGCUGUUGUGAAUGAAUGUGUCGUAGGCAGCAUCGGGUGUUGUCUGGCUGUCGCGCCUUCACUGAAACGCUGCUGAUGACUCGUUUAUGAUCAGACAAAAACACUUUGUGUUGUCUCCUGACACGCCUGGGACAAAGAAACACAGAUUUUAUUUGACAAGAAUACCUGGAUCUGUGUGAGAAUAGUAUCAUGGGAUCUCUGAAGGCUCUGCAGGAGUGGUGUCGGAUACAGUGUGACAAUUACAACGAUGUGGAAGUAAAGGACAUGUCAACGUCCUUUCGGGACGGUUUGGCGUUUUGUGCCAUAAUUCAUCGUUACAGACCAGAAUUGAUAAACUUUGACGCGCUGUCUAAAGAGAAUGUCUAUGAGAACAACCGACUGGCGUUUGAAGUGGCAGAGACAGAGCUGGGGAUUCCCGCCCUGUUGGACCCAGAAGACAUGGUGUCCAUGAAAGUGCCUGACCGGCUCAGUAUCAUCACAUACGUUUCCCAGUACUACAACUUCUUCAACAACAAGUCUCAAGCAAACCCCCCUUGCAUGAAAAGGCUGAGUUCUGUCGGUCUGAAUGAGCCAGCCCAGAAAAGACCCCCGACCCCUUUGGAAGACAAAGUGGUUGAGUCUGAGCCGAGCCGGCCCGCGCCGACCGGUGUAGAAGCGGUUGCAGACGUCAAGCGCAGCACGCUGAGCAGCACCUGCGCCGCCUGCCAGAAACAUGUCCACCUGGUGCAGAGGUUUCUGGUGGACGGCAAGCUCUACCAUCGCAACUGCUUCAGGUGCGUAGAGUGUCACAGCACUUUGCUCCCUGGAUCCUACAAAUUAGGAAGCAACUCCGGGGCCUUGGUCUGUACGCAUCACCUUGCAAGGCACGCCUUAGCCAAUCGGAACGGCCGGCUAGAUCUUAGUGAGAGACCAGUGGCAGGUCAGUCUGCCAGGAUUGGUCGCAGCGCAAGUCCUCGCGCCUCGCCCUCUGAGAGGGACCGGACCGAGACUCCUUCUCCAGUAAGCCAAACGACUGACGCGGCCGUGCCUACCGACGACUCUGCCACAGGCGCUGCUGUUACGGCAAAUGCGGCCGACUCUUUGGAGACGGCAAAAGAGGUGGAUGGAAGUGGCGAGACAGAGGUGAUCCCACGCUCUGCUUCUCCUCCCAACCCUUUUGACGAGAGCGAUGAAGAGGAGGAAGAGGUGGAGAAAGAGGAAGAGACUAAAACACCAGCCGAAUUAACCACCAACGAGGACCUUCCUUCCACGCCGAUCAGUCGUCAUGAAGGUGCCAGUCGGCCGGUACCGGCCCCCCGCCGGGUCCCUGAGCCCACCCCUCCUCCUCCUCGCCCUGCCCCUCGGGUUCGGCUACCCCGUACGGCAGACGGCCCUCCAGUCGGUGAAUCCCAGAAGCCUCCGAUUCCUCCCAAACCUCGAGAAAGAUCCCAGUCUCCUGGAAGCCUGUCCGGUGGCACCCAUAAACCCAAAGACCCACCUUGGCUCGCCCUGGUCCAAUCAGAAGCCAAGAAGAAGAAAGCCCCUCCCCCUCCCCCUGUCGGACUGGCAACCCCUCCCAAUACAGGCUCUCUGUCCUCUCUCAAAGGGGAGGGCUCCAGGCCCAGCACGCCCCCUCCACCCUCCAACCCAUUCGAGGACGAUGAGGACAAUGAUGAGAAUGGCGAGGCAGAGGAAGAAGAGGGGAGCGCAGGAAGUGCCAUUCCAUCCACAGUUGUGGCUAGUCACCCCUGGUACAGCAUCUCUCAGGCGGCUGACGCGCCAGCAGCAGACACUCCCCCCAGUGGAGGAAGCUCGUCCCGCUCCGCCAGCCCCGGGAGCGCUAAGAGCAAGAAACGGCCGGCACCUCGCGCUCCACAGCCACCUGCAGGGCACCAGGUUUUCCCUCCCUCUCAGUCCUCCUCUUGCUCUCCCUCUCCAGCUCUGAGCACAGAGAGUCUGUCCUCUGGCUCGGACCACAGCUCCUCCCACCCCCCUGCGGGUGGCAGUGCCAGCAGCGACCAGGAGCACGCCUUCACCAAAAGUGUGUCGGAGCCUUCCAUCUGUUCACCGUGUGACUCUGCGGCGUCUCCUUCCUCCUCCUCCUCCUCCUCCUCGACCGGGCGCCUGCCUCAUCCUUCCCUAAGCCCCUACCCUUCUCCCAUGCCGUCAAAUGCCAGCUCAGCUCCGGCCACCCCACAGACCAGUCGCAGUUUUGGGAGCCAAGGGGCCGGAGCCCCACCACCACCACGACCCCCAACAACCCCCAGCCCAUUGGCCUCAGAGGCCACCCAAUCACACAAUAAGCGGAUCUGUAAGGAGAACCCGUUUAACAGGAAGGCUUCCCCCUCCCCUGCUAAAUCCAAAACCAAACCACCAAAAGGCCCUCGUCCUGCCAGACCCCCGGCCCCCGGCCAUGGCUUCCCUCUAAUCAAACGCAAGGUGCAGUCAGACCAGUACAUCCCAGUGGAGGACAUCCACGGGGAGAUGGGGCAGCUGGAGAAGCAGCUGGACGAACUGGAGCAGAGGGGAGUGGAGCUGGAGAAGAAGCUGAGAGACAACCCCAACGAUGAGGAUGAGGAGCACCUGUUGGUGGACUGGUUCACUCUCAUCCACGAGAAACACCUUUUAGUGCGACGAGAAGCCGAGCUGGUCUACACAGCGAAGCAGCAGAACCUGGAAGAGAGGCAAGCUGACGUGGAGUAUGAGCUGAGGUGUCUUCUCAACAAACCAGAGAAAGACUGGAGCGAGGAGGACAAGAGUCGGGAGCAGGAGCUAAUGGCUGAGCUGGUUACCAUCAUUGAACAGCGCAACCAAAUCGUCAACAGCAUGGACCAGGACAGGCAGAGGGAAGAAGAGGAGGAUAAACUUGUGGAGGCCAUGCUGAAGAAAAAAGACUUCCAUAAGGAUCCGGACGUUGACCAGCAGAAGAAAAAAGGGGCAAAGUUCAAACCCAUUAAGGUGCUCAAGCGGCUGAGCCAUAAAGGAGAACCAGGCAAGAGCCCCCGCAAGGAGAAAACACCAUAGAAAGGGACGCAUCCUCCUCCAAGAGGAUAGGAGACGGUUUCCUAUAUAACGGUGUCAUUAAUGACUUGGAAGUGCAACCCAGAAUCCAUUCCCUGCUCCCAUCUUACUUGAUGCUUCUCCAAAAACAAGUCUCUUCAGUGACUAUUUUUUAGUUGCCUCCGUGUGUUUUAAAGAGACAAGAUAACAACUCAACCUCUUUUUAAGAGCGGACGUGUUUGUAAGCUCUCUGGCCUUUCAAGCCAGUGAACUGUACACUGCACUGAUUAGUUGUGUGUUGC